CUCAGAACAACGAAGAAAAACAACAAAAGCUGUCAAAGCAGCAGAAAUGUCAACAGAUCGCCCUUUUCUAAACUAUAAAGACGUUUACGUUUCAGAAUAAAUGUGAAUCUUUCCCGGUGAGGGAACACAGAGCCAUAGGUUGACAAUGGCCACCCAUCCAGCACCACUGCUAUUGAGGGAGUUCUGCCCACUCUACUACCUUCUCAAUGCCAUCCCCACUAAAGUCCAGAAAGGUUUCCGCUCGAUCCCGGUCUACUUGACUGCAUUGGACAGCAACAGUGAUUAUAUGGCCAUUGGCAGCAGCAUUGGCAUGCUGUACCUUUACGGCAGGAGAGUAAGCCAGAUGAACAAAUACAAUAUAGAGGGCAAGUGUGAGACCAUUACUGCAGUGAAAUUGCUGAAUUGUUUCGAUGAUCUUGUGGCUGUUGGGACAGCAUCAGGCCGGGUUGCUUUCUUUCAGCUUGUGUCACCAUUGCCUGGUAGAAAUAAAGAGCUGAGAAGAUUUGAUGUUGUGGGCUUGCACAAAAGCACAAUUACUGCAUUAACAUGGAGUGCUAAUGGCAUGAAGCUCUUCUCUGGUGAUGAUAAAGGGAGGGUGGUUUGUUCUUCUGUGGACUUGGAUCAAGGAGUAUGUAAUCCAGUGGUCCUCUUUGAAGAGCCUUCAGCAAUAGUUCAGUUGGAAUAUAGUCAGAAAGUACUUUUGGUUUCGUCCCAUCAGCGCUCUGUGCUCUUCUACACACAAGAGCAGUCGCAUCAUCAGCUGGGCACUAAACCACGUAAAAGCAAUGGCAAGUUUGGUGCCUGCUUUCAACCAGCUCUGUGCAAACAGAGCGAUCUGGUUGUUUAUGCAGCCAGGCCUGGGUUGCGUCUGUGGACGACGGAUGUGCGGGGACGUGUCGGGGAGACCCACAUCCUAAAGCCACUUUUUAGUCAGGAUAUACCUCAGUUUGAGCUGUUCCCACGUUCAGGCUCCAACAGUGGCUACAAACUUUCAGAAAGACAGUUGGGAAUAGUCAACUGCUUCCAGAAGGAGGGCUGGGUCCUCAGCUGGAACGAAUAUAGUGUUUAUGUUGUGGACUGUACCAAUCAAGUCAUCAUUGGAGGAUUGGAAAGCAGUGGAGAUAUAGUGUCUGUGUCAUGCACGGAGAAUGAAAUCUUCAUUCUGAAAGGAGAUCGGGACAUUUUGCGGAUCUCAGAUUGCCCCGAGGGAUUGGUUUCCAACUUAUUAGACCACUCCAACCAUUUUACAUCUCCUCCUUCCACACCCACUAUAUUGCUGCCUCCUAAUGGUGCCGUGGAAAUUGCUCAACCAAUCAGGACCAUGCCCAUUAUUACAGAGCAGGAGACUCAAGCCAGUCCUAACUCAGAGGAGGUGCAUGAUGGGGUUGAGCAGUCAGAGGAGGUGCAGGAGGAGCAGCAUCCUGAGGAAUUCGGCCAUGUGGUAGAGGCUCUGGAGGUGGCAGAGGACUUGGAGCAGCAGCGGGCCAGUUUGGGUACAGUGGAGUCCCGCAGCCGCAGCAGCUCAGUCACCUCAUGGGAGAGUGCACAGGGCAUGUUUACCAACACGGAAGCCUCCACCUCAGAACUCUCCUCUAGCCGAUACAGCCCCAUCACCCAAGAAGAUUUCCAACAGGAGCUGGUGGUCAAGGCCAUCAAGUUGAAGAAGAAAGGCAAGAGAAGACGGCAGGCGAGUGGGACCUGUGUCAACGAGCGCAGCAGCUGGUCAGAGAGCAUUUUCAGCCAGGAUAGUGCAGGCAGUGAUGUUCUAAACACACCCAUGAGCGAGCCUCCUUCAGACCACACCAGCCUUCUGUGCAGCAGCCCCGACCUGCACAGUGCCGGCUCACCUGACCAGGAUGGUUCCAUCUGUGGAGAAUCCCACAAUUCAAAUGCCUUAACCAUUCAGAGGCCAUCAGAGCCCUUACACAGCGAAGAGCCUCUUCAGGAUCCAGUUAACCAAACAGCAGAGACCCUACCGGCUUGCCCUACAUCACUGGCAAUACAAGAUAUGGAGUGUCAGGUGUACAGUGAAAAUGUGUUUGCAGAAAACGAGCAAAUUGCAGCUACACCUGAUGUGGACGUGCUACUGGAAUGUACCUUCUCAUACAUGCAGGCAGCUGAUGAGCAGGACAUCAUGAAGCAAUAUGUGAAUGAGAGCAAAGACACCCUGAAGGAUUCAGAGGAAGAUUUUAAACGGAGUUUACAUGGAGACUUUCAUUUGGAUUAUGAUCCCAUUAGGCCGCUGGGUUACUCCCCGGAACCCGAGCCAACACCAUCUAGUGACGAGGAGGACAUCUAUGCACAUGGUGUGCCAUCCAGUGCUAGUCUAGCGGACGGACUGAAUGCCCUGAGCUUGCAGAGCUCAUCUGCUGAGCAGAAGGAGGACGAAGAGACGCAGCUCCUCAAAGUCGACCAGUUGGCUGAAAGUUGGAUGGGCUACACUGGGCCUGGCGGUGGCAUCCUCAGUCUAGUAGUAACGUACAGACAUAUCUGGUGUCUUGACUUUAAAGGAGGCCUUUUCUGUAGCGGUCUUCCUAAUGCUAGCUUGAGCUGGCAGAAGUUUGAGGAAAAUAUCCAUCAGGUGGCGCUGUCCCCAUCAGGCUCAUUGCUGUGGAAGGUUGAGCAGAAGACCAUGACUGCUUACGCUUGCGGGAAAAUCACCAUCAAAGGGAAGAGACACUGGUACAAAGCCCUGGACGACACAGCGUUUGUGGCUCUUGGUGAUGACACAGCCUGGAUCAUUCGCACUAAUGGAGACCUGUACAUACAGACAGGGCUGAGUGUGGACAGGCCAUGUGCACGGUCAGUGAAGGUGGACUGUCCAUGCCCCAUGGCGCAGAUAGCAGCACGUGGCAUUGUGGCGUGGGCACUGAGUGAGCAGAGGGGUGUGUUUUACAGAGAGGGUGUCAGCAGCUAUUGUGCAGAGGGGGAGCACUGGAAGCAUGACACCGUCAGUGAGAGCCAAGGUCUUGAACCCAUCUGUAUUGCUCUGGGUGAGAAUAACACAGUCUGGGCAUUGGAUACUAGUGGCAACUUAUGGUUCAGAACAGGGGUCACGGCUAAAAAUCCCCAAGGUGAAGGUGAUCACUGGUGGCAGGUGAGCAUCACAGACUACGUGGUGUUUGAUCAGGGUGGUCUUUUCCAGACUCUGAUCCAGGCCACACAGACUGUCGCCACAGCCACCAGAGCUCCGGUCGAGCGGGUUGCUGAACGUCUGCGUGUGGCCUUCCUUUCCCAGCACUCCCAGUGCCAGCCUAGCCUCAUCAGUGUCAGCACCAGUGGCGUGUGGGUUGCUUCUGGACGGAAUGAGUUUCACGUUGCCAAAGGCAGCCUCAUCGGGGCAUUUUGGAAGAAUAUUAUACCUAGAGGAACAGCCUCUGCCACAAAAUGGGCAUUUGUGUUCUCCUCUGAGGCUCCAGCUAAAGAGGGCAUUUUCCUAUGGUUAGGCCAGAGCAGGAAAGACCUGUUCUGUAUCUGGGACCAAGACCUCCAGAUGCGGCCCUUCACCAUACAGUUUCCCCCAGACGUAGAGAUGGUACAGCUCUCGGCCUGUCGUGAUGCUCUGUGGGGUUUAGAUCACCACGGCCGCGUCCACAUCCGCACUUUAUCAGCCAGUUGUUCCACAGGAAUGCAAUGGACAUUACUGGACCUCAGCCAGCUUGGACAUGUGAAGUUUCUCAGUUUGUCUUGUGGCAGUCAAAAUGUUUGGGCAUGUGAUAAUAAUGGAAUGGUGUAUUUUCGGGUUGGAACUCAACCUUUGAACCCCAGCAUGAUGCUCCCUGCCUGGAUCUGCAUCGAACCUCCCGAACAGCCUGCUGGCCUUCAUCUGGUGAAAAUUCAAACUAGUCCAAAUGACCGCAUGCUGUGGGCGCUGGACAACAGAGGCAGUGUGCAUGUGCGCGUCGGCAUCACUGAAGAGAUGCCUGUCGGAACUGCCUGGGAGCACAUUCCUGGACUACAGGCAAGUCAAUUGGUUCUAAGUAUGAGGACAGCUUGGGUUCGCCUUCCUAAUGGUGAAGUGGCACGUCGAUACGGCAUUACAGAGAGAAACCCAGCUGGAGACUACUGGAAGAAGAUCCCAGGAUUGGUCAGCUGGCUUGCAGUGACCCCGAUGGAUGAACUGUGGGCAGUCGCUAGUGGUGCUCUCAACCAACGCCUUACCAAGACUCUACAGAAUAACAGGAGCAACAGCCAUGGCAACACGGGUUCUCUGAGUGGAGAGGAGCUGGAGGAAGAGUGGGAGGUGAUUUAGAUGCCACAAAUUGUCAAAGUAUCCCGGAAACACUGUUCUGUGAAAUUUCUUUCCAGGCACUUUAAUUAUUCCUUCUUAAAGGAGUAGUUCACCUAAAAAAAAGAAAAUUCUGUCGUCAUUUACUCACCCUUAUGUUGCUUAAAUUCUUAUUAGUAUAUUAGGCUCUUUUGAAAUUAAAAUAAUAUGCUGUAUUUUUCUAUUGGGGGGGGGGGGGGGGGGUUGAACUCCUUGUGCACCUUAUGACCUGAAAUUGAAAUUUUUAUCCAGCACAUUAUUUUUGUAAGUUUUAAUGUCUACAUGCAUUUUUAGAUCAGUUAUUAAUUUUUUUAACUCCUAUUGAUUUAAGAAGGAGGUUCCGUUUAUAUAUUAUCAUUCAAAAGUUUAGGUUCAGUAAGAUUUUUAUUUUAUAAGAUAUUAAUACUAUCGAGCAAGAACGCAUUGGAGUGAUCAAAGGUGACAGUAAAAACAUUUAUAAUGUUACAGAAGAUUCUGAUUUCAAAUAUCUAUGUUUCUUUUAACUUUUUCAGUCAUCAAACAAUCCUGAAAACAAAUGUAUCGUAGUUUCCACAAAAAUAUUAAGCAGCACAGCUGUUUUAACAUUGAUAAUAAAAAUAAAUUCAGCAGCAAAUGAGCAUAUUAGAAUGAUUCCUGAAGGAUCAUGUGACACUAAACUAAAGGCUACAGUAAUGGCUGCAAAUUCAGCUUUACCAUCACAGGAAUACAUUAUAUUUUAAAAAAUGUAGCAAAAAAGUUAUUUUACAUUUUAAGAAUAUUUCAGAAUAUUGCUGUUUUUGAUCAAAUAAAUGCAGCCUUGCUGAGCAUAAAAGACCUUUGAAUAGUAGAGUAUCCUAAUGCACUUUGCUCACAACAUUGGAAAUGGUUAAUGUGAAUCUGUUUAUAGUGAAUCUACUGCUUUAGAGGGAUAUAUUAUGUAAAUAUCUCUUAUUUGACCAAACACAUUUUUAUUAUAAUUAUAAGUACAAGAAAUAUAUGCUACAAUAUAGUUUAGACAAGGUUGGGGGUUUGAUUCCGAGGGAACACAUGAUAGAUAAAAAUUGAUAGCCUGAAUGCACUGUAAGUCACUUUGGAUAAAAGCGUCUGCUAAAUGCAUAAAUUAAAUUUUUAAAUUUAUAAAAUAUAUUAGAGUGGCCUUUUAUUGUGGCCAGCCUAAGGCACACCUGUGUUUCAUCAUGCUGUCUAAUCAGCAUCUUGAUAUGCCACACCUGUGAGGUGGAUGGAUUAUCUCAGCAAAGGAGAAGUGCUCACUAACACAGAUUUAGACAGAUUUGUGAACAAUAUUUGAGAGAAAUAGGGCUUUUGUGAACAUAGGAAAAAGUCUCAGAUCUUUGAGUUCAGCUUAUAAACAAUUGGGACCAAAACAAAAGUGUUUUGUUUAUAAUUUGGUUCAUUGUACACACACACACACACACACAUAUAUAUAUAUAUAUACAGUAUUGUUCAA